CAUAAUGCCCCGCUAGAAGAAAAUGAACUUGAUCAAAGAACACGCGCCGCGCCAACUGCAGUAACUUGUCCCUGUGGUUUAUUAAAUAAGUGAGCCGCUAAUAAAACCCUACAAUAACUAUUUUCAUCAUGUCUCAAAGAACUCUUCCUUUGCUCAUCAUAAACCUCGGCGGAGAAAUGAUCUACAUUCUGGAUCAGCGCCUCCGAGCGCAGGACGACAACGAUGAUAAAACUCAGAGAGGUCGUUGGACAGAUGAUGACAGGAAAAGAGUUAUGAAUGAUAUAGUGGCCACUAUGUUCAAUAAGGCUUUUCUAGAGGAGCUCUUGCGGCCGCAGGAUCUGUACUCCCACCGAGCCCUGCGGACAGUUUUGACACGGCUAGCACACGCCUCUAUUAUGCGUCUAAACCCGCUCAGCAUGGAUAAGCUUUACGAUUUGAUGACUAUGGCCUUUAAGUAUCAGAUCGUUCUGUGUCCACGUCCACAAGAUUUACUGCUUAUCACUUUCAACCACACGGACACCAUCAAGGAACUGGUGAAGGAUAAUCCCAGCCUCGUUAACCAGAUCAACGAAGCCCAGAGGCAGCUUAUUGAGGUAUACACACCCUUAUCUGAUGGUGAGUUUCAACUCAUCCGACAUACACUGCUGGUUCUCUUUCAAGAUAUGCAAAUCAGGGUCUCAAUUUUCUUGAAAGAAAAAAUCCAGAACCCAAAUGGCCAUUUUGUGCUGCAGACCUCAGGGCCGGUGCCUUACGGAUUUGAGGUUCCUGGUUUAAUCAGGUAUUUUAAUGCUAAAGGCCGAGAGGUGAGGAGGACCAGGUUUCCCAGUGGAGGAAGCUACACAAGUGCUGUACGCCAGGGCUCAUUUGACCUCUCUGGAGACAGGGUCACAUUUUUGGGCACCAACAUGUACAACACACCCUCACCUGAAGAAAUGGAUCCAUCAACUACCUCUAACAGCACAAGGAAACCAAAGCAGGCAGACACAACGCCCAAUCCUCUGGCCACAGAGGAACUCAACCUGCUCGCUAAACUAAUGGGUGGAAUGGAGAUGGAGAAAAUCUUGAAUGUGGACGCUGGUUUCAAAGUGAACCUGUUAGCCUCAGACCAGGAGGAGGAGGGCAUUGGAAUUUCAGAAGAAACGGCACAUCAGUCAUCUAGAGUCAUUAACAUACAAGCCACGCAGGAUCAGCUGGCCAGUACUGAGCUGGCACGCAUAGCGGGAGAAUUUGAUGAAGGGGGAAGCCUGACAGAGGGAUCCGGGAACAAGGGGGACGACUUGCUGGCUAUGAUGGAUGAGCUCUAAAGCAAAAUGAAAGUCAAUCAUUUUGAGUUCAGUGGAACAGACUGAAGGCGUUUCAUUCUGCUGACAGAAAACCACACCAACACACAUUCAGACAAGUGUCAACAAUAUCACCUUCAAUAUAAAGAGACUGAAAUGUUGAACUGUGUUCUCAGGAUAAUUUAUACAUGUCAGAUUGGGACAAGAUGUCACAUGGACAGUAUUUCAUAUAUCAAACAAAGCAAUUCUCAAAUCAACAGCAGAUGCCCAUUGUGACAACGUGCCCCGCUACAGCAGUGAACCUUUUUCUUCUUGAUCAACGGCUGAAAUAGCUGACUUUCAAUAAUAAAAAAUCACUCUCGUCACUCUCCUCUGCGACAAAGCGCGGCACUCGAAACCAUUUAGGAUGUAAACAUGAUGUUUUGUGCAUGUUAGACAACACAAAGCAAGGUGAACAUGGACGUGAGCCAUUCCAUUCGUGAACGCACCAUCGCCGAGAACAGUCUGGUGAUUCUUCUUCAGGGUCUGCAUGGCCAGGUGACCACCAUUGACCUGCGAGACGAGAGCACGGCGAGGGGACGCGUUAUUAACGUAGACGCUUUCAUGAACAUCCGGCUGGAGAAGGUUCUGUACAGGGACAGACGUGGACGUGUGUCCAGUAUGGACGACUUGUUCAUCACGGGCUGAAACGUGCGUUAUGUCCACAUCCCAGACCACAUGAACAUUAUAGAGACAAUAGAGACCCAGCUUGCCAAAAUACACCACGUGCGAAACUUUGGAGCAAGCGGUGGAUGCAAAGAAUACUCUAAGAAAAAAUAGUUUUUAUGAGAAACUCACGUUUGUCUUGCAAAUAUAUGGUUUACUAUAAUAUACUGUUAAUUUUCAUUAAGUAAUGCAGUCAUGGAGCAAAAUGUAAUGCAUAGUUUACUUUGAAAAUGUUGCUAGUUGGUGACUGAAAGAGCUCUGAAUAUCAUCUCUAGGAAAAGUGUGGGAAAAGUUAUUUCUGUUUACUCUAGUGGUUUGAAAAAGCAGUAAACGGUGAAAUAACCACUGAUCGAUGAGUUCCUUAAUUUGACAUUGUGUUUGUUUAAACAACACAUCUUUUUACUUUUUAAUAUUUGUUCUGUCUCUUAAUUGCAAUGUCAAUAUCUCUCAAC